AUGGGGAACACAGAAAGCUACGAUGCUGAAAAAGAUAACACGGAAAGCCACAAUGCUGAACCUGAUAACCCUGUGUCCAUACCUACGCCUAUGCCAGUGCCUAUGCCUAUGCCUAUGCCUAUGCCUAUGCCUAUGCCUAUGCCUAUGCCUAUGCCUAUGCCUAUGCCUAUGCCUAUGCCUAUGCCUAUGCCUAUGCCUAUGCCUAUGCCCAUGCCCAUGCCCAUGCCCAUGUCCCCUCCAUAUCCUUUAAACCCUGUCAUGUGUCCCCAACCGAUGCCUGCAGAAGCCGGUCUUAUUGUACCCCUUCUGCCACCAGAGGAGACUGUCUUUGGAGAACUGGAAGAUUCAAAUUUAAAUGCUGUUGAGACAGAUGCCUCAAAUCCAAAUCAGGAAGGUGAAUUUCAUGCGCCAGGAUUUGAGGACAAAACCAUUCGGAAAGCAUUCAUCAGAAAGGUGUUCACCUUGCUAACAAUUCAGAUACUCAUCACCUUUACUGUAGUGUGUGUGUGCACCUUCUCCGACACAGUCAAGAAGAUGAUUCAGGAACAUGAAUGGGUGCACAUUAGUUCCUACAUCGUCGUUGGAGCAGUGGACACAUUCCUUGCCACGUUCUACAAAUAUAUCCGCAUUUUUCCCUUGAACCUGCUGGGACUGUUAAUGGUCACCCUGAGUCUGUCUUACAUGGUGGGGACUUUAGCUUCAUAUUUCAACAAAAUCGAAGCGGUCGUUGCUUUAGGAUCAACUCUGCUCAUCUCAUUUUCCAUCGUAAUUUUCUCUGCCCAGACAUGUGUGAAGUUCAACGUGUUUACCAGCAUUCUGUUCGCGAUGUUUGUCGACUUGCUUAUUUUUGGAUUCCUCAGCAUAUUUAAUUUCUAUAUAUUAAAAACUAUAAUUAUACAGGAUAUCAAAAACAUUGUCUAUACUUGCUUGGGAGCUCUUCUGUAUGCGAUGUACCUCUUGGUGGAUUGUGAGCUGGUGGUUGGCAGGAAGAAAUACAGACUGAAUACUGAACAGUACGUCUUUGCUGCUUUAAUAAUCUACCUGGAUAUCAUUCUCACACUUAUAAGCCUGAUAGAAAAAAAACCAAAGAAGAAGCUUGAGGGUGUUGAAAAAUGUGUUAAAGAAAUGUCAGAUCUAGAAUCGAUCUAG